AUGGAUUGCAAUAACGAAGAAGGUUACAAGAAUUUGCGGUUGCGGGCAUGGAGUGACACAAAACCGAUAGUGGACCUUAAUUCCAUACUACGCGACAGUCAUAGGACACGGAUCGAAAUGACUCCGUUCAAGUGGUGUGUUUAUAUGAACAGUCCAAUUGACUUCUGCACUCCUUUGUUGAAGGAAAUGGUUAGACGUUGGGUUAGGCGCAACGAAUCUUUUGUUUUGAAGCAAACAAUGGUACCAUUUACAGUAGGCGAUGUUUGCAUGGGUUUAGGGUUGGGUGUUGGUGGUUUAGAUGUAAAUUUUGAUGAUGACUUUGAUGCUGUUGUUUGUCAUCAAUUUUCGGCAAAGAAGAUAAGGCAAGGUGACAUAAGGGACCUCAGUCUUAGUGGGAAUGUUGCCGUGUUGCAGCUAUGGACGGUCGAACGUUUGGGUUUAGCGGACGGUGCACAUGACAUUGUCUUCCCGCGAAUAAUGAAUUGGCGUUCGCUUAAGUUAAGGUGUAACAAAAUAGAGGAAUUGUUUAAACGGAAAGAGAUAUGUUGGGAGUGGUUUUUGCGGGACGAGGACCGUCAAAACUCAAUCAUUUGUGCGGCCCUUCAUUUGGAAGAAGGGUCAAUAGCGGAAGAUGAUGGAGAUGAGUUAGGGUUAAGUUGGGAACAAGUGGUCAUGAAGAAAAUUGAAGACAACCAAAGAAAAAUGGUUGCAAUGGAUAAAGAUUUAAGAAGUUUGGCUACAUUGGUAGGUGUUGGGAAGGAAGAUUAUGAGAAAGGGAAUGAUGGUAAAGAAGAGGAUGGUGAUGUUCAUGGUCAUGGUGGGGCACAUGGGGAAGGGCAAUGUUUUCAAACAUUCACGUAUAGUGAUGUGGGUGGUUGUUGCUCAGGACUGAAGGAUGACAUUGAGGACGUUAUGGAUAUUGGACCUGUUGUAAGCACUGUGCCACUACAUGAUGACACUGAGGAUGAUAAUUUAUUGAAUGUAAAUCGAACACAGUUGUACAACAUGGUGAUUCCGUUUAAACUUCCUUGGAGGGUUGUUUCUGAAAUUUUCGGUCAAACAUUUGGAACCCAAGAGUGUUAUUCUUUUGGACCCAGGAUGCAGGUUGGCAACACGGGGAUUUUGUUUGCCACAUCAGUGUUCAUGUUCUUUGAAAGAAGGAGCACUGGAAUAGUGAAAAGGAUAUGUUUUAGUCCAUUAUAUGCGACCCAUGUUUUAAUUGAGUCAAGAAAGAGAAAGAGUAAUCGGAAAGUUUGGACAUUGAAUGACUACUCUCACUACUUCCAGUCUAAUAUCAUCGGAUUUGAUGACAUUGUUAAUGCCGAAUUUUUGUUUGUCCCAAUUAUCCAUGACGACCAUUGGUGGUGCUACGCUGUGAAGAUUCCAUCAUUGGAAAUGUUUGCACUGGACUCUUUUGGGCACAAAAGAAAGGAACGACAAAAGAUUGACAAUGUCAUUGCACAUAAUCUUGCAUUGCUUUUUGGACAUUUGUUGAAUUGUGCGGAAGAGAACAAACCAUCAUUGGAGGUACAACACUUGCAUACUUCAAUCCAACCAAACAAUUUUGAUUGUGGAGUAAUUGUUUUGAAAAUUAUGGAGUUGUGGGAUGGCAUUGACAAAGAUGAAAGAAAGACAAUGCCCAGUUACACAACUGAAGAACUACAACAAGUUAGGGAGCAUUAUGUAUGUCAAUGGAUUUUGGAUGUGGACAACGUCCGGAGGAAUGAAGUCUUGGAAGAUUUAGGCAUGUUGUAG